AUGGAUACAAAUAUAUGUAAAAGGUUCAAAAAAGUAUUGGAAGAUUUUCCCGAUAAUUUAGACAAUAAAAAAAAUUAUCAAUUUAAAAAUGGUAAUCUUUUUAAAAAGUAUUGUAAUAAUAAUUGUGAUGGACCCCUCGAUAAAAUUAAUGCUGGAUGCUUAUAUUUUUUCAAUGAAUUUUUUGGGAGUUCUUCCUCGUUUAAGAAUCAUGCAAAAUGUAACAUCAAUGUUGUUGAAUACAUUAUGAUAUGGUUAAGUUAUAUGUUAAACCUAAAGGAUAAUGUGGAUGGAAUCACCAAUCUAGGACAUUUUUAUACUACAUAUAUGAAUAAACAAGAAAACUAUACAAAUUCGAUAAAUGGUGUUACGGAGUAUACAAAUUAUAUGGAUCUUAUAGAUAAAAAAAAGUAUUUUUUGAAUAUGAAUAAUAAUAUUGUAUCUAAUUUGUAUAAAGCAUUUAACUUAUUAUGUGAAAUGUAUACUGGAUUUGAUGAAAACAAGGAAGAUUGCGCAAAAUAUUCGGAAAAAGCUAGUCAAUUUAUUGAAAUAUAUAAAAAACUUAAUGAAAAUUCUAAUAAUAGUGAUGGUAUUCCAUAUAGACAAGCAUUAUGUACUUUAUCAAGUGAUUAUGACAAUUUUAAAAAGAAAUAUAAUGAAUCUCAACGUUGUGAAUCUUCAUCCCUUCCGACAAUAGAAGAAAAAAAUACUUUAAAUUGCCCUGAACAAACUGUAAAAUGUUCUGAACAAACCUUUGAAGCUGCAUCAUCAAGUUCGUCGAUAGGAAACAAAUUAUUUUUAUUUUUAUCGAUAUUUGGUGCAAUAGCAAUUUUUUUGGGAAUUUCUUAUAAGUAUUCGCUAUUUGGAUUUCGGAAACGAGCUCAAAAACAAAAAUUAAGAGAAAAGCUAAAAAAAUAA